CCGAAGAAGAAAAGAGAAAGAGGAAGAGGAAGAAGAAGAAGAAGAAGAAGACCAGAAAGUACCCCGUCAAACAAAAGGCGGCAAAAUGGAAGCGGUCGACAGAACAGACUUACUUGUCGAUGACACAAAUCAAGAAUGCAGAAUACAACUUACGUCUAAAAGACAAGCUAUAGCGCAGAUAAAAUUGUACCAAGACAUUUUAAAGAAAGCUCUCGAUGGACAAGCGGGAAUUGCGGAGGAAACAAAGCGAGUUUUACUUCAGGAGCUGCUGGCGAAUUUUGAGUCUGCAGUCCAUCAAAACGUGUUAGUGAACGGACAAACGUGGGAGGAUGCCCCGGAUGUAGAUGCUGAGGACGACGGCGAUGACUUGAAGGGACAGCUGGACGACGCCAUCGUUGAGACGACGAGCAGAAGAGGCUCGUACCCCCGACGCAUCCUGCCUUAUGUGGUCCAGGCUCUUAAAGCUGAGCGCAAACUCCUGGACCAUUAUGAAGAACCAAUCAGAGCUCAGCAGGUGGUCUCAGACCCUCCAGCGGCAAACUUCAUGAAAGAUGUGGCCGCUGCAGCGCCUGCAUUGGUGAAACAGGCCAGGCAGGUCAUCAAGUCCAUCUGCACUUUGCAGCAGCAGGCAGAAGGUCUGUGUCAGGUUGUCAAAGGUUGUCAAACCCAUUUCCAAGUGGACAACGACGUGUUCGGCAGCAGCGGGCUAUCAGCAGAAGCCCCGCCACCUACAGUAAACUGCACACCGUCGACCAAGCAACCAAUUAGAAGAGUUGUGACGGACAGGGAAGCCGCAGGCGCCUACAUGGCCGUCAAACAUGAAUAUGAUGGAGAAGCAAAUUGAAGACAAUUCAUCAGGAUUGCUUGGAAUGAGGUUGGGAGAAGUCUGUGCUUUUUCUUUUGGACACGAUCAUUUUUCACACUUCAAAAAUUUUUGAUUGUUAAAAUUUACAGCCAUAAUGGAAACUAGAUCAAUCAAUUUCUGUAGAAAUUGUGUGUGAAGGCUCCAAUAUCGAAGCUGAAAUGAAACGCUGAUGGAAUGUAGGGUGAAUGUAGAAAUGGUGUAAUGGUUUAACUGUUGAAAAGGUUUCAAUUUUGAAGAGCUGAAGCUAAACUGACAUUCCACUAAAAUGUAGAAGUGGUUUGAAAGUUGAAAUUGUUUAAAGGUUAAAUAAACAUGGUAUGAGAAGUGAAGCGCAGAAGCUGAACUGAAAUGUAGUAUAAAUCUUGAAAUGAUAAAUGUUGGCAUAGUGAUGUUAGAAGAGUUAGCAUACUUCAAGGGAUUGCAAAGUAACAAUCUAAAUGUAUCCCAUUAGCUAAAAUGCUAGCAUGUUAACAGGGGAACAGUUAGCAUACCGUAUGUUUCGGAUUAUAAAUCGCAGUUUUUUUUUCAUAUCGUUAUAAUCUAGAGCGACUCAUGUGUGAAAUUAUCAACACAUUACCGUAAAAUAUCAAAUAUUAUCUAGAAGCGACACAGAGGAAGAAGAUUUCAUGAGAUUUAGCGAUUAGGAGUGACAGAUUGUUUGGUAAAGGUAUAGCAUGUUCUAUAUGUCAUAGUUAUUUGAAAGACUCUUACUAUAAUAUGUUACAUACCAGGCAUGUUCUCAGUUGGUUAUUUAUGCGUCAUAUAACGUACACUUAUUCAGCCUGUUGUUUACUAUUCUUUAUUUAUUUUAAAUUGCCUUUCAAAUGUCUAUUUUUGGUGUUGGACUUUAUCUAAUAAAUUUCCCCCAAAAAUGCGACUUAUA